GUUUCUUCUUGUAACAGCUGAGAAUUCAAAUGUUAUUUCUCCAGAUGUGAAUUGUAUGUUUCUAACCUUCAAAAGAAAAUAACAUUUGUGAAAGAUCAUGAGUGAUUAGAAGAAUAAACGAGAUCUUAGGACAAAAAUGAUAAAUUGGCUCUACCUGUAAAUAUUAUCUUAUUGGACUAGUUUCACAAGGUUGAAACUAAUUAUUGUAAUCAACAACUGCUUCUGGGAGGAAAAAAUCUUAAUCAAACUGAACAAGUCUCUUCCGAAAUAUCCUUGAAUUUAAGAACCAAAACUAUGGACGACCAGAUUGCGAAUUCAUCAUCAUCGGAUGAAUUAGAAUUACACAGCAUAGAUGGUUCUCCAAAUUCAUACAACAUAUUCGAUUACAAGGAUCCCGCUUGUGCAGUAGGUUUGGCUCUAGAUAUUAUUAAGAAUGAUGUAGAUGAAGUUUCACGUAAAAUUUCUCUGGGACAUAGUGUACGAGCAAUAGAUAACCAGGGCGAUUCCUUACUGCACUUAGCUGUCUGGCAAUGCAGAAACGAUGAUAUGAGAAUUAUAGAUUUACUUUUACAACACGAGGAUAUAGACAUCAAUGCUUUAAAUUUUGAAUACUCAACUCCUCUGCUACAGAGCAUAAAACAAGGAAAAGUCAAGGUGGCAUCACACUUGAUAGAGAAAGGUGCUGAUGUGGAUCCUCAAGCAUUUACCGUUCCUCUCCAUCUCUGCGUAAAAAAAGGUCUUUUAGAGCUAGCAGAGACUUUGAUUAAGGCUGGAGCGGAUUUGAACGCGAAGGAUGUAGAUAAAGAUACGGCUUUACAUCUGGCUGUGUAUCACACUCAACAAGAAAUCUUACUCAUGCUCCUUUAUUACGGAGCUGAAAUAUGGAAAAAUUAUAUUGGUCUCACUCCUUUCUUGCUCAGCAUACAAAUGAGAAAAUUUGAACUCUCAGACAUUCUGCUUCGAUAUGAGGAAAUCGAUUCCUCAGUACUGGACUUUGCCAUAAUUUACGAUUACCCUAACCUUUCCAAUCUGGUCGAACAUGUUUUAGAGUGUGAAAGUGAAAAACCAUUUCACUAUUAUCCCACCAAACACGCAUUUCUGAGCCUACAGAAUAACCCUGAAAUGUUCAAAAUCUUCUGGACGAAGUUUCAUAUCCACUACGAAUAUCGCAAUAUUUUGAUAGAAUUAUUCGAAUAUGAAUUUGCGUCGUGGGAAGACAACAUGGCGAAUUGCGACACCAUCAUGGAAGUCGAGGAUAUGAAGUCUACGAAACUCACUGAAAUAUCGGAGAAUUUGCCUUUUUUAACGGUGAUGGCUGCGGGUAUUUCAGCGAAGAAGCAGAAUUUCGAUAAGACCGAUGAGGAUUUCCUGCAGAAAUUUGGUUCAUUCUUACUAUCGUAUGGACUUGUUGUGUAUGACGUUGAUUUAGAAGUGAUUUUCGAGGUGUUUGGUUAUUGCGAAUUGUUCAAACUUCUACUACAGAUGGAUAUAAGACCGUCUCAUUUUCCAAGAAUAAACCUUUUUUCUUAUUUCAUCUACACAGUGAGCGAUGAAUACAGUUUUCAAGGCAGGGUUAAAAAUAUGCUGCUCUUGAGAACCUGCGACACGCAUCUAACAUACCUAGAUAUUCAUCCGAUGCUUAGUCACACAGUUUUACCCAUGACGCAACUUUAUUUCGAUGAAAACACCGGAGAAUUGCCCGUCAACUAUACGUAUAAGGUGCCAAAACUGGUCGACCUGGCCAGAAACAGAACCAGAGAUGCCCUUUGUGUCAGGUACAAGGUGAAAAAUUCCAGACAGUUUUACACCGUGCUGAAACUUCUGAAUCUCCCUGUUAUCAUCAAGAAAUUGAUCGGAUUCGAAGUUCCGAUAUACAGAGACCUGGAUUACGGGGGAAUCAAGGAGGAAAGGUUGAGACGAAUAAGCGCGUUAGCUGAAGAAUGUUUAUUGAGGCAUUAUAGAACAAGGCUACUUUUGUUCUAGUGAAAUUAUUUUUUUCGUAGACUUUAGUUUGUUGUUACCUCUGUGAUAAUGUUAAUUUUUAUGAGAAAUAUAUUUUUGUAAGUACAUA